CUGAGUGAGAUUGAUAUUAGCCAACUAGACAGCGUCUCAGCAGCGUUUGUUUGUGUGUUUUGUGAAAGUCCACUGGUGAUGUUGCUGCGAAGAUAGGGGGAAAGGUGUUCAGAGGCGCUGUUUGGAGCACAAUUAUCCGUCAGCUCUGCCAGGGCAGGAUGUUGUUUCAAUUGGUGCUGGCUUUCCUUUGUGGUGUUGGCGUUUGGGCCACAGAAAAUACCACCACCCAGCAGGAACCGCCGCCGCUGCUGCUGGUGUCAUUUGAUGGGUUUCGAGCUGACUACCUGAAGAGGUUCCCCAUGCCGAACCUGAAGCUCCUGUACAGCCAGGGGGUCCUGGUGGAGCAGCUCACUAAUGUCUUCAUCACCAAGACGUUUCCAAACCAUUACAGUCUGGUUACAGGACUUUAUGCAGAGUCUCAUGGUAUCCUGGCCAGUAGAAUGUAUGAUCCCAUCAGCAAGAAGCACUUCAGCGUUAGCAACGACACCGACCCGAUGUGGUGGAAUGGGGCGGUGCCCCUCUGGAUCACCGCGCUGGACUCCGGCUACAGCACUGCAGCCAUGAUGUGGCCCGGCUCCGACGUGACCAUCAGGAACCGCACACCUACACACUUCUUUCCCUACAACCCCAACGUAACAUUCCAGGAACGACUGGGGAAUGUGACAAACUGGCUGUUAGGAAAUGCAACGGAACAACGAGUGAAGUUUGCAGCUCUCUACUGGGAGGAGCCGGACAAAUCAGGUCACAUGUUCGGCCCUGACAACACCACCGCCAUGGGCAAAGUGCUGAAGGAGGUUGACGACAACAUCGGCCUGCUGAUAUCUGAGCUAAAUCGGACCGGCCUCUGGGGUCGCAUCAACGUGGUGAUAACGAGCGACCACGGGAUGGCCCAGUGCUCAACCGAUCGCCUCAUACGGCUGGACGAGUGCCUCCCUGAAGACAACUACACACUGGUGGACCUCACACCUGUGGCGGCGCUCUUCCCAAAUCAAAGUGAUCAAGCUGAUGCUGUCUUCAAUGCGCUAAGUGAGUGCCACCCCCACAUGACAGCAUACUUGAAAAAGUCCAUUCCUGAUAGGCUGCACUACCAGAACAAUGUGCGCAUCCAGCCAAUCAUACUGAUUGCUGACGAAGGCUGGACCAUAGUGAAGAAGGGGAACAAGUUGCCGAGAUUGGGCGAUCAUGGCUAUGACAAUGCUCUUCCCAGCAUGCAUCCUUUCCUGGCAGCGACUGGGCCUGGCUUCCGUCAGGGUUAUCAGCUGAACAGCUUAGAAACUGUGGAUGUUUAUGCACUCAUGUGCCGCCUGCUGUCAGUGCCUGCGCAGCCCAACAAUGGCACCCUGACCCAGGCUCGGUGCCUGUUGGCCGCUGAGGCCUGCGUAGAUCUUCCCCUGGUUAUCGGCCUGGUGGUGGGUGUCCUGCUGGUACUCACUACAAUCACUGUUUUGUUCAGGUCUCUGAGCACUCGCCGCCAAUCAGGGCCUCGGCCUUUCAGGAGGCUGCAGGUCGACUAUGAUGAUGAUGACGACGACCCCUUGUUGGAGUAAACCAACUGUGUCGCAAACAGGUUUAGAACCACACAUUUAUCAAGAGCAGACCACAAUGCAACCCAAAACAAGAAUGUAAAAAUGUAAUCCAGGCUAAAAGCAAGCAAGAAGCUGCUUCAACUAAAGCCUGGAAGGAAAUGCAAUCUGUAUAAUUUAGUAGGCCUGUCACUUACUUCCCCAUCAUUAUGCAAAGAGAGUACAAUUGUGCA